AUGGCUUCUCUUUAUAGAAUACAGGAUACAGUAACAAAUAAUGACUUAUCAGGGAGAGAUCAUAAUGGCAAACCCCAUAAAUUUAAUAAAUCAUCUAUAAAAAAAAUGGUAAAUUCCCCAAUUUCAAAACAGCAUAACCCCCCAAAUAGUAAAUUAACAAGUAAAAAACAAUUAAUUGGGGCAUAUGUGAACGAUAAAGGAGUAUUACAAAAUAUAUUAGAUAAAACAAGUGAAUUAUUUAAAUACAAAAAAUUAAGAAACUUAUUAUUCAAAAAAAAUAAUAAGCCUAAAAAAACUAAUAAUAUUGGGAUAAAAUAUAAGUUUAUGUAUAAUGGUACCAAUUUAGACAAGUAUGAUAGUUUUGAAAUUCGAAAUAAAAUUAAUAAUAACAAAAAAGCAGCGACAAAAAUAAAAGAAAAAAACACAUCUCAUGUUAGAAAAAGUAAAACAAACAAUUUUAAUAAAAAAUUAAAUAACUUAAAUAUAAAUAAGACAAACAGCUUGAAAUUCGACGAAGAAGUGAAUAAUGAUUUAUCAAAAGAGCAUAAAGACGAAACAGAAAGUAGUAAAACAACAGAAUAUAAUUACAAAGUAGAGAUAGAUAAAAUUAAAAUUCCAUAUAUAAUAAAAUUAUUAGAUAAAAUGAAGAAAAAUGAGAGUAAUGAAAAUAAUCAAAUAACAAACUAUUCUUAUAAUAAUAACCUUUCACACAGUUUCAGUAAUACAACAUCAAACGAUGCUCAAUUUAAUUGGGAAACUAAUUCUUUAAAUAAAAAUGAUAUAAUACAAAAAAAAAAGUCAAAAUUUUUAAAUAAUAAAAUUAAAAUAUUUAAUAAUUUAGUAGAAUAUGUAAAACCAUCAAGGAGUUAUAAUAUUGAUGUAUGCCAUCCUUUAUAUAAUUUGUUGUGUAAAAAUGAAAAAUCGUAUUUAAGUUCUAAUUGGCAUGAUAGAAUAAAUUAUGCUUUUCGAAAUAUUUGUGGGUUAAAAAAUUAUAUUCAUGAUGAUAAAACAGAAGGGGAGCAUGAAAGAAUCUUUUAUAAUGAGUUGGAGUUAUUUCACAUGUCUAGUAAUAUAGGAGCAUGUGGACUUAUAUAUUCAUUAUUUUUAACCAAUUACAAAGUUAAUAAUUAUUUUCAUAACGAUCAUGACAUUGAUAAUAGUAGUGAUAGUGACGAUGAAGAAAAUGAAAAUCGUAGCAAUCUUAUUAAUAUGUUUAAAACAUGCUUUAUUAAAGUAACUAAAGAUAAUUAUCCUCAUAUUUAUAAUAUAUAUAAACCAAAAUUUGAUGACGAUUUACUAUUUUUAUUUGAUAGUCUUGUUUUUACUGUAGUUUUGGGAAGUAGAAAAGAUAAUAUUAGUUAUAAUUUAGCAAGAAAAAUAUAUAGUAAUGAUCUUAAGGGAAAAAAUGUGUUAUGUGAUUGUAUAUUUAAUUUGAAAAAUGAUUCAAAAUUUUCUUUACCUAUAGCUAGCCAAAUUGAUUUUAUGGGGAUGCGAAUAAUUUCAGAACCCUUAAUGCCUUUAACUAAUGAUUAUAUUCCAAUUGAUGUAAUUAAAGACAUAUAUGAAAAUGUUGAAAUUACAGAUACCUCCAGUAAUAUAGAUAGCGAUCAAAAUGAAUAUUACAAAAAAAAACAUAAUUUAAGAAAUAAAAAAGAAUGCAAUUAUAUUUAUAGUGAGAAAAAUAGCUAUACAAAAUGUUCAGAAAAUAAUUUGUCAAAUAAUAGUGGAGAUAAUUUUAAAAAUAAACAAAUAUUUUAUGAACGACUAAUGGUAGAAAUAGAAAAUUAUGAUCGUACAUUAUAUGACCAAUUAAUAAAAAUGAGUGAUUAUGUAAACUACAGUUGUUGUAUUUUGCCUUUUGGAAUGUCAAAUUAUUUUGAAAGUAGAAUAUUUAAAUCUCAAAAUAAUGUAAAACUAUUUAAAUCAGUUAUAGAUAAUUUAUAUAUAAUUAGAGGAGCCGAAGAAGUAUUACCUCCAAUUGUCUCAAACAUUAAUAAAGAUAAUUUUAUCACACGAUUGAGAUAUGAAUAUAUAAAAUAUUACCACGAAGGGAAUCCUUUAUGCAAUACAACACUUGCAAUUAAUAUAAAACCUGAAAAAAAAUUCGAGGAAAAUGAUGAAAAAAAUAAAAACAAUAUAUAUCAUUUAAAAAAUGUUAGUAAGCAAUGUUUUGAUAAUAUUGAUAAUUAUAUUUUACCUAAAGUAAUAAAUUUUAUAGCAAAUUUUAAUGAUAGUUAUGAUAUAACUCACGUAUAUCAUUCCCACGGUGUUAACAUUCGAAAUUUGGGUUAUAUAUUAAAUAAUAAAAAGACGCCUACAUACCUUUCCGAAGUUAUAUGUAGAGAACUGAUUUGUAGAACAUUGAAAUCUAUACAUUAUGAGAAUAUACAUUAUUUUAUAACAAAUGUGCUAAGUGUGUCUAAUUUUUGGAAUAACGGAAUCCAGAGGGAGGUAAAAAAUCGAAACAACCCCAAAAUAUAUAAUAAUAAUGCACAAAUAAAAAAUAUUAUUAAUAUGGAAAAUAAUGAAAAAAGAGAUAUUAUUUUUUAUGACGAAUAUAACAAAAUUGCUGAUACAUUUGAUUUUAUCAGAAUAUUUGAAAAUGAUGAUAACGAUCAAAUGAUGUAUAGAAAAUGUCUUAAAUUAAAAAAUGAUAAGUUUAUAUGUUUUUGUAAUGAUUGUUUGAAAAAUUGUAAAAAAAAUCCAGAAUUAAUACCACAUAAAUUGGUAAUUAAUUUAAUAAAUUUAACCUUAAAUGUGAAUAGUGCUAGUAGUAUAAAAUUUUGGAAUAAUAUUCUUAUACCCCAUUGUAUUAAAAAAUUUCAGAUUAAUUUAAAUGAUCAUAUAAAAAUUCGAGAAAUAGAAACGUAUGGACUAUUAUCAUGCUUAGAAUAUCAUUUAGGUAUUUAUUUUAAAGAACAUUGCAAACAAAAUUAUAAAGUUCGAUUACCAAUAAAAUUGGAUGAUAUGUCUAAUUUUAGUUCAAAAUGUGAAAAACAUUUAUUUCCCAACGUUGAUAAUUUUAUACACAUUUUUAGUGCAAAUAGUAGUAAUGGAAAAAUCAAAAAUGAAAAAAAAAGAAAUAACCAUAUGAAUAAAAGUAAACAACCAAAGUUAGAAAAUAAUGGUAUAUAUUUGGGGCUACAAAAAAAUAAUAAUUUGAAUGUAGAUAAAAACAAAAAAAACAAACAUAUUCAUAAUUUAUCUAAUAAAAAACAUGACAACGAAAAUAAUUGUACCGAUAAAAAACGAGAAUGUAAAGAUAUUCGAAAUUUUAUGGAAAAAAUACAAUAUGAAAAAAAUAUUCUUCUUUCAAAAUGUGAUGAUAAAAACAGGGAAACAAUUCAAUAUGAGAAUAAUUAUAUUUCUUUAUUUUAUUCUAAAAGUAAAUCAUCUUUUCCAAAAUAUUCUACAUUGUCUUUUAGAAUUAUAGAAAAGUUAUUUUCCAAUACAAUAAGUCAAGAAAAAUUUAAAAUAAAUAAUAUACUAGAAGAAAAUGUUCCAUAUAUCAUUAAUAUAAAAAAUAGUGACUUUUUAUAUGUAAAUAGUAUAUGCAAUGUUGGAUUAUGUGGAAAAAUAAAAAGUUUAAUUUAUGAAUAUAACAUUCCUUGUCAUCCACAUUGUAUACUUAAUAAAAAAAUGAAAUGUAUAAACUAUGUAAAAACUAAAAAAUGUAUAUAUUUAUUAUUAAACAUUAAUGCUAAUAAAAAUGUAUUUGAAUUAACAAAAACAUUUUUAUAUUUAGCAUAUUUACAUUUUGAACAUGGUUAUAUACAAAAGUGUUUAAAAAUAUGCUACUAUAUUUAUAAUAUGAUUCCGAAUAUAGGUACAUUAAAAAGAGAUAUACUUAUUUUAAUAUUACAAUGUAAGAUAAAAGAAAAACAGAUUGAUGAUGCUUUAAUAAUUUAUAAACUUAUUCUAAUAUUUAGUGAAAGAUAUGAUGGUAAAUAUAAUGUAAGCGCACUUUUUUCUAAUAUCUUAUUGUCUGAUUUUUAUUAUAACCAAUCAAAUAGUGUUGAGAUAAAAAAUAAUUCCAAUAAUAAUAUUAAUACAAAAAAUGAUAAUAUAAUUAAAAGUAAUUACAAUGAAGAAACUGAUAUGUCAUAUAACAUUAAUCAACUCAAAAAAACUGAUAGCAAUCUUGAUUUAAAAAGUAAAUAUUUGUUAAAGGCAUUAUAUUAUUCUGAGUGCUGUUAUAAGAUAAUAACAUCAUUGAGCGAUAUAUGUUUUCACUAUAUAUAUAUAUACUCUUUAAUGUUAAUGGGUAAUGUUUUAAUGUCUUUAAAUAAGUUUCACAGAGCAAUAAAAUAUUACAGUUUAUCAUUACAAUAUUCGAUCAGAGGGAAAAUGCCAAGUUUUAUUAUUUUACUAAGCAAGUGCUUGCUAGCAGAUUCGCUAAAAAAUAAUGGAAAUUUUGAUAAAGCUAUUGAACUAGCAGAAGAGUGUUUAAACACGUUAAAAAGUUCAACAUUUUGUUCGCACAAUCUUAUUCUUCAUGUCAUUUUUCAUUUAGCUCAGAUGAAACAAUUUAUUGGGUGUAAAGAUUUAUUAUUUCCAGAUAUUUUAUUAAAUAAUAUUUCUAAUGUUCAUAUUAAAAAAAAAAUAUCACUUCCUGAUUUUAUAAUUUUAGAAAAAAAUUACUUAAAUGAAACAAAUAUAAAGCAUAGAAAUGAAGCUAUAGAUUUAUAUAUUAAAUUAUAUUAUAAAUUAAAAAGUCUAAAAAACUAUUCUAUGGUUGUUGCAAAAGAUAUAUUUGGAAAUUUAUAUACAAAAAAUGAUGAAUUACCAAAUACAGAAAAGUCGAAUAUAAAUCAUUUAGAAGAUAAAAUGGAAAAAAUAUUUGAUAUAAUAAAAGAAAUACUUAAAAUAAAAAUCAUAUCACUUAACAUGAACAAGCAGUUUAUGAUAGCUUCAAAACUAUUAGCCAUAGUUUUAUCUAAAAAUUCAUCAACAUUUGUCAGCGAAUUAACAUUAAAAAAAAAGAGAGAUAAAAUAUAUGAACAAUUUAUACAAAAUGAUAUACAAUACAAUAAAAUGGAAAAAAAAGACAGUAAAAAAAAUAUUGAAAAAGAAAAUCAAUUUUAUUAUUUAAUUGAUACAAUUUAUAAUAAUGAUAAUAAAAUGAAUGAACUAUUUAACGAUGGAUAUAUAAAUAACGGAUCAAGUAAUAAUGAAGAUAAUUUUAAUUUAGAUUCUAUCAAUUUCCAUUUAAUUAAAAACAAACAAAAUUUAUUUAAUCGAAAUCGAUAUACAAAAGAUUAUGAUUAUAUAUCAAUUGAAAAAAUUUUAUUUGACAACACAUAUUUUAGUAUAAUAGACAUAUGCAAAUAUUGCUACAUUAUGUGUGAUAAAUAUAAUACAAAAAGUUACAAGGAAAGUUGUGUUAGUAGUAAAAUGCGUCCAACUGUUGACAUAGGAGAUAACAACAAAAUAAAUUACAGAGAAGAAAACCACGCAUUUUUAUUAAAUCCAAGUAUUUGGUUUGAUGUUUUGUUUUUCAAUACAAUGAAGGGUGUGUGCAAACAUAUAGAACUUAUUAUGCUUAUAGAUUUGAUCAGAUUGUUUUUAACCCCAAUACAAAAACAAUUAAUUUUAUUUCAUAUAAAAUCUUUAAAUAAUAUUAGAGAUAAUGAAGAGUACUCUGAGUAUGUGCAAUAUAUAUUAAAUAAUGAGAAAAAUAAUAAUUUAAAUAUAUUUAGAGAAAUUGACCAAGAAAAUAAACCCAAUAUAUUCCAUAAUAUAUUAUUAUCUCAAACUACAAAUUGCACUGAUGAAGAUGAAGAAUCAAAAUAUUUAUAUAACAAACAAUAA